GUGGAGAGAGAAAGAGAGAGAGAAAGAGAGAGAGGGAGGGGAACAAAGAAAAAGUUCAGGUUGAUAACUGAGAAGGAGGAAUCGAUAUAAGAUACAGGCCACAAAAGUCUGGAGGAACAUUUCUUCAACAUCCUCUUUCAUUACAUGUGGUAUAAGAAACAUACUUCUGACCCGCGGCUGUGCUGAAACAAAAAGUUCGCUCUUUUUGUCUGUCCACAGAGCUCCAUUUCCCAGCUCCAAGUUGUCAAAAUGAGUGCAUUCUCUUUGUCCCACUUCAACCAUUCAACCUCUGCUGCCAUGUCUGCUCACUCCUCUGCUCCUACAUUGGCUCCAGCGUUCCACCCAUUUUCAGUGGCAUCAUCAAUCCAUAUUUCGUCCACACCUUCAAAUCAGACUGGGUGUCAUCCCGACGACACUAACAUUCGUCUGCCACUCAUAGCUUUUUAUUCCAUCUUUUUCAUUUUGGGGCUUGUAGGUAACAUUUUUGCCCUGUGGGUUUUCCUCUUUUUGCAAUCAAGUCGCAAUUCUGUGCGAGUAUUCCUCAUCAACUGUGCUGUGGCUGAUCUGGUCCUGCUAGCGUGUCUCCCCUUCAGGAUCUUUUACCAUGUCAAUGGGAACAAGUGGGUGCUGGGACCUGUAGCCUGCAAACUGGUGGGGAAUCUCUUCUACAUGAACAUGUACAUCAGCAUCCUGCUGCUGGGCCUCAUUAGCCUGGACAGGUACCUGCGGCUGAAGGGGAAAAGCAAAGCACGGCGAAGAUUAACCAUGAAAUUGUGGGGUCAGAGCUGGCCGUGGAGCUGGCUGGUGUGUGGGAUCGUAUGGAGUCUGUCGCUCAUGACGAUGGUUUUUAUGAUUGCUACAGCAGAGGAUAGUGAGGACACUGACCGGUGCUUCCAGUACAAGAAGAGACGCAAGGUCCAAGGGAAAGCCUACUUCAAUGGAGUACUGGUGGUGCUGUUCUGGCUAGUCUUUGUUAUGCUGGUGAUUUCAUACAUAAAGAUAGCUUCCCAGUUACUGAGGGCUUCACGCGACAAACCAGGUCUUCCCAACGCACAGAAAUAUAAAUGCACCGCCAAAAAGUCCUUCUUUGUUCUGUUUGUCUUCUCUGUGUGUUUCGGACCAUAUCACGCUUUUCGCCCCAUCUACAUCCUUACUCAGCUCAGUGACACCGUAUCCUGUGACUACCUGCAGCUAGUAGACCACACCAACGAAGUGAUGCUGCUGCUCUCUGCAUUCAACAGCUGUUUAGAUCCCGUCAUGUAUUUCCUGUUGUCAGGAUCAGUGCGCAAAACAGCACUCCAGGCUGUAGGACACCGACUGGGAAACAGGCUGCCAUUCUGGAAUGAUGGGACUUCCAACAGCUCCACCACUGAAUUCAGGAGGUCGUCUGUGGCAAUCCAAGGAAUGGCGUUGGUGUUACCAAAUCCAACCCCACAGAAUGACAAUUUGCCUCCCUCUACUGGCCCAUGUGGAUAACUGAUUGUGUCUACAUAUGUGUUUUGGUAAAACAUUAUGUUCACAUAAAAGUGUAUGUGGUAAAUAAUGCUAAAUCAAAUAUAUUAUAUUAAAGUCUAUGCUAUGUUGGUUUUAGA